CAAGUACGUCAUGCUGGACCCGCGGUUCGACAACGUCCUCGGGUGCUUGAGGCACGAGCUGGCUCACGCGCUCGUCGGGCCGGACGAGGACCACGGGCCCGCGUGGGUUCGCGCGGCGACGGCGCUGCGAACGCCGAAGGAUUGGGCCACGGACACGACGGGGAGCUUUUACAACAGGCCGAUGGUGGUGGCGGGGUGGAGCGCGCACGACGUGGCGAACGCGGCGGGACGGGCGUUCAGGCUUCCGCCGGAGCUGUUCGAGAAGAACGUGUGGGCCGGGGACGGGACGAGGACGGUGUUCACGGAUCAAGACGGUAACGUCGUCAUGUGAGACCGCCGUGUAAGAAAAAAAAUCUAAUGGCAAACUCGUCACCG